AUGAGAUGUUUUGUUGCCGCUGUGGCGUGUCGUCCCUUUGCAGGUGGGGCAACCACCUUGCUGCACGUGAGCCCAGCAGGAACGCGCGUCGAGCGAUGGCAACUGUGUCUUCCAUCCGAGUCUGGUGGAGAGCAAAAGGCUAGGCGACACGAUGCAUGCAGCAAAUGGUUUGCCGAUGAAAGAGGCCGCGACGAUGAAUUUGGGGAGGAACCACCGAGGGAAAGAACUGGAAAGCAGGACUCACGUGCCGCCACGCGUCGAGUGUCCCAAGAAACGGAAAGGCAGUCUCUGCGUUGUAGCAGAAGCAGAGAAAAGAUGGAGCCAGAGCGCGUCAAGAGAGCCAAAACAAAGGGAGAUUUCCAGACGCAGACCGCUUCUCCAGCGGCUUCGGGAGAGAACGAAUCAGUCGACGGAGGACGCGACACAUGCACAGACGCACCCGAAGAUGACAGACAGAGAAUGGGACCCGCGGACGACCUCGUAGCACGAGACUGCUCCUCUCCCCCGCCACGUAAAGGCACAGAAGAAUACAUAGCAAAUUGUGGAGUGCCAGCCUGUCAAGAGGGUCAAGGAGCCCCGCGUUGGCCAGGCUUGUCCUCUUGCGUUGUGAAGACGUACCACAAACUGGACGAGGAGAUCUUCGUGCCCUUCUCCAGCUGGCCGAUAAAGCGGCGGGACGUCAUUCAGAGACUCCUGGAAAUACACAGAUGCGCUCGCCAUCCGCACGUCGCCCAACUGCUCGCGGUGGGGCUAUGGCGGUCGCGUGACUCUGCUUCUUCGUCGAAGGUUGACUCAAAUUUUCUGCCGCCUUCUGAGCGUUUACACGCGCCUCUAACACGCACCAUCUCCUCGGACGCUUCGCCCGUUUCCUCAUCAUCGCUCUCGGAUUGGCCUCUCGCUUCCAUCGCUCUGGCGUUCGAAGACGGUGGCGUGCCUCUAGCGCAGAAAGUUCGCGAUCUUCCCUCGACUUCUCCCAGAGGGUUGAAGGGACCCGACGACUCCGUUGGCAUUUCCUCCGAUGAAAAUGGAGAGAAAGGGAGAAUGCAAAUGUGCGCGUCUUCCGCUUCUUUCUCUCCCCCUGCUGGUGACGAUGUUUCCAUGGUGUACUGCGUACCCGUCCGUGGUGUACGGACAGCGGGCGACUCGGAAGCGGCUUCUCUCAACGCCGGAUGUGAGACGCCUCCGGAGGGGACCACCUACGUUCUCUUGGAGGAGACAGGUCGCGAGGUUCUUAAGCAAUUGGUCUCCGCUCUGAUGAGCUUGCAUGCAAGAAACAUUUUUCACUUGGACGUCAAGCCGAGCAACGUGGUCGUUGCGCCGCCGUUCUCUGCCUCGCUGGUUCGCCGGGUGUAUCUCCACUCGACGGCUGACUCAGCUCCGAAGAAACGUCAGAUGCGUGGGCAGCCACGGCGGCACCCGAAAAAGUCAAAGGGGGGGGAGCUGCACGCGUAUGCGGAAUUAAUGUUGGACGACUUAGACGGGGAAGGAGAGGACGGGGCGGACAUCGGGGGCCGAGGUACAGCAGAAGCAGAGAGGAGCCCGGAGGAGACAGAGAGGGCAUCAGAACUGGAGGAACAAGGGAGCGACAUAAAGAGGAGAGCCGGUCAUUUCCGAUGUCUCCUCGUUGACUUUGAUAGCGCCCAAAGAGGCGUCAACGGAACGACGUGCGUCUAUCCAGGAGGCACCUCCCGGGCGUUCAUUCCCCCAGAGGAAUUUUCCGCCGUUCCCAAUGUGUUACCGGCAGACCCUGCCCCCAUGCCGUGGCUACCGACCAAAGAUUUCGACCAGACAGAAAUGGAGAGAAAAAGAGUUUGUUCACAGAAGGACUCUUCCGGGAUUAGUGCCCUGGACGGCCCUCUGUCGCUCUUAGAUGGGGAAAAGAAAGACGUUUGGGCUCUCGGGUGUCUGCUCGCGAUUCUCUUGACAGGCAGACACCCGUUUCUUCGUCCUGCCGGACGGCAUGGAAUCUGGAAUCCGGCAUCAGAACAGUUUCUGGCUUUCUGCAGCGCCCACGAAAGGUCUGAGGCAGAGGUGCAGACCGGGAACGCUUGCGAGGAGAAGCUGAACCCUGGAGAAGAGCUACAAACAAAUGCGGAAACAAGCCCCGACGAACCGUCCGGACUCUCCCGACCCGCUGGCCGGGAGGACAAGGAACAAGGAGACCCGAAUGUCCCGGUUUGCCAAAGUCGGAGUUCGGGAGAAGUCGAAGGAAAUGUCUAUUUCAGCGAUAUGGAGUAUUGCCUCGCACUGGUCAGCGGGGCGCAACCGCAAAUGGAUUUUCGCGGUCUCCCACAGUUGUCACCGGAAGCGAAAGACCUGCUUCGCGGAAUGCUCGCGUCCAAUCCGGCGCAGCGACUUUCUCUAGAGGCUGUUCGCGGGCAUCCAUGGCUUACGGGGAACUCUUUGCGUUUUCGCCGGUGUUUUGACACCUCGGAAGCCUCGUGACAUCCAAGGGCGGCUCGCGCUUUGAAUCGUCAAAUGACAUUUUUGCUGUAGUGCGGACGCGGUGACGAACGCUGACACGAGCCUUCAUUUGGGUGCUCCUCUGUCACAAAUCGAGGCCGGAAAAUAACUUUGUUCCAGGUGUAAAAGCGAGCUGAGAUUCGAUGCAGUCGUUUUAGACACAAAACGUACACUCUCUAGGGAAAAGGCGCAU